GCCAAUAGCACGAUAAUUUUCCAUUAUAGUUUAAAGUUUUUUUUGAUAGGUAGGUUUAAAAAGAUACUACACUGCGUGCUAUAUGUAUAUGCCGCCUAUGUUCUGUGUGUAUGUCAAUUUUGGUAUGUCCAUCAAUGUCCGUAUUCACGAGGGAUACGAUAACAUUUUUGUCUUUUUUCGGAAACGAUUUUCGUGACACGGUAUUUGCGCGACGUAUAAACGUGUAAGAUGUAUAUACACCGACGAUGGUGAAGGUGUCUCGUAACAUUCUUAUCGAGUUUAUUCUCGAAAUGAAGAUAAUACAUAAUAAACUAACCCUAACCUAAUCCUAACCUGACAAAUGGUGCUAACUACUAUUCUUGUUUAAUUAUAUCAUUUAACAGUGCGCUCUAAUUUCUAAAAAGUUGUGAAACGAAUGAGACCGUACGUUGCUAAAAGAAAAAACCAUGAAAAUUAAUGAAAAGAAUAUGGUCGCGUUUGCGACCUCUGCAACGCCGGUAGAUCGUGAAGGCUGGUUGAAUAAACGUGGAGAGAUCAAUCGCGGAUAUCAGAGACGAUGGUUUGUACUCAAAGGCAAUAUAUUAUUCUAUUUUGAUCGUCGCGGUGACAAAGAGCCGGUCGGCAUGAUCGUUCUCGAAGGCUGUACGAUCGAACUGGCGGAGGACGAAGAGCAGUUUGGCUUCAAGAUAGUUUUUCACGGGCCAAACAACAGAAGUUAUGUUUUAGCGGCAGAGUCUCAAGAAUCUAUGGAACAAUGGAUGAAGGCAUUGGCAUGUGCCAGUUAUGAUUAUAUGAAACUUAUGGUGACAGAAUUGCAACGUCAGUUGGAUGCUGUGGAGGAAGAAACAGUAGCCACGCCGAUUCAACAAUCCCCUAAGGCUCCACCAAGACAGCGACAUAAUCCAUUCAACAGACCAGAUUCCCAUCAUCGUUCUCAGAGCGUCAGAUCGGCGCCUGGUAGGACAGAAAACGUACCUAGAACUAGAAUAACUUUUCGCGAGCUUCAUACGGCAUACGGCAGGCGAAUUUUGGCGGACCUAAACGCAUGGAGACAUGCAAAGAAAAAUACAGAGGCACCUCUGAUAACUCUCUAAUUUUGUACAUAUUUUGUAGAUGAUGGAACAAAGUACACAAUCUAUGAUAAUUACUGGCUGAAGUAUGUAUUAAAUAUAUCUUAAUUGGCGGAAGUAAUUGAUAGAAAAUUUUUUCGUGUUAUAUUAAGAGAGAGAGAGAGAGAGAGAGAGAGUUGCACAAGUUCUCCAAACUUGUACUAUAACUAAAAAGUUUAUAGCAAAUUAUAGCUUUUUAGUUACUGGUAGUACAGUUUUGGAGUACAGCCUCAGAUGUAAGUGUAUAUAUGUAUAGGUGCGUAUAAAAAUGUAAUUUAUAUAGAUAAAAAUGAUUUUUUUCUUUCGAAAAAUGUUAUAUUCUUACAUUACUUGUAAUGCUUUGUAGAAAAUUUUUUCAAAAAAUUUUUAAUUUUUGAUAAUACUUGGUUACCACAUUGAGAUUGUUACGAUAGAUAUGAGUUAAUGGCGUAAUAGGAAAAAUAUUGUCACAUUUUUUGCCAUUAUAAAUGCCAUAUGGAAAAGAUAAAAACGCAAAACUCAUUUUUUUUCUGGGACGAUGUGUGCGUAUGUAUGUAUAUAUAUGUUACAUGUAUUUUACAUUAUACGUAUAAUUGAAAAAUUAUUUGUACAAUUUAUAAUUGGGUGAUAAACACGUGAUUUGCAAAGUAACAUUUAUCAAUACCACAACAAAUAAAUUACUAUGGUUACGUAA